CAAGUAUUCAUUAUGCACUCCGAGUAAAAUUUAUUUUGUUUGAUAAGAAAAACCAGGUGGAACAAGCCUGCCCGUCAUGACUUCGAUUUGCUGUCGGCUAUGUCUACUCAACGGUCCCGAUCUCCGGCCGCUUCUAGGUCUUACGGUCGAUUCAAAUAGGUUCGGCGAACCGGUCACUUCAGCCCUGUCCCAACUCAUCGCUUGUUACUUGGCGAUUGAGCCUCUUAUCGCAAGUCCAGCCACGACCUACAUCUGCUCCGACUGCGGAAACACGAUCGCCAAGUGGCACUGGUUCCGGGAGUCAUGUCUCCAGAAUGAUGGCGUCUACCGGAAGAUGGUUCCAGAGCAGAUUGGCGAAUACCAAGUUGUUGAGGUCAAGCAGGAGAUCGAUAUCGGCGAGCACGAGUACAGCGACAGCCUGAUCACGGAACCGCUGGCUUCGUCUUCUAAAGAGAGCCAGGGUUGUCCCGAGAAGGGGAUCGCUGAGAUGAGCUCUCCAGCUAAGGCGGAUCAAUACCACGAUGUUGUGGUGAAACAGGAGCAGAAGGAUGAGGUUGGCGAGCAAGACUACAGCGAAAACUUGCCCACCGAACCGCUCGAUCUUGCUCCGAAGCCGUUGCCGAUAAAGAAGGUUCGCAGCAAAAAGGUGCCUGCUAAGAAGAACCUACCAGCAACGGUGGAAGAAGGAGGGGAGCCACCGGUGAAGAAAAAGAUGGGACGGCCUCGACUUACGGAGGCACAAAGGAAUCAAAAGGGACAAAUGUGUGCGCAGUGUGGGAAAGUGGUGAAUAACCUGUCCGCUCAUUUGACAAUGCACAACCAGGAUAGGUGCUUCCAGUGUCCACAUUGCCCGAUGAGUUUCUACAGCAAAGCCAACUGGAAAACUCACGUCAACGUGCACACAAAGGAAAUCAAGUACACCUGCCCGGUGUGCGGUAGAAUUUUCUGGCGAAACAACACUCUCCAGACGCACAUGCAAAGUCACUCGACAGAUCAGGCCUACAAAUGUCCGCACUGUCCGAAAGUGUACCGGUUGCGAGCCGGGCUGGCAGUCCACCAGAAGAGUCACACCCAGGAGCCGGAUGUGCCGUGUGAGGGAUGCGACAGAAAGUUUUAUUCAAAGGCUCAACUGGACAAACACGCCGUCAUGCACCGACCGGUUAAACGAUUCGUUUGUAAAAUUUGCGAACAAGGUUUCACCAAGAAGCCGUACCUGAUGAGGCACAUGGAGAAAAAUCACCCAGAUUGCAUAGAAGUGGAGGAGAAGCCCAAUAUUGGAGCUGAACUCGGAAGUUUGUGAACGUUAGGUGUUAAUUAAAUCAAAUAUA